AUGGAGCAUCCAGUCUUGAAGAUGGCGGUGGCCAUCUUUUCUUUCGUAUAUGGAAUAUUCACGUCGGUGAGAUACGGAGUCACUGCAGUCCUCAGUGGUGUGCCGUUUCGACAAACCACUGAAAAGGAGCGGUUGGAGUUUCAACUCGCAUCAGAUAGAUUCUGGAAUCUCUCAAAGAAUUGGAAGAAUUUCUCACAUUGGUUUAUGACUUUGCGGAAUGGGUUCAAAGUCCACUAUCUUGCAAACGCCUCGCCUGAUGAAACCGUCGCCUCAAACACUGGGAACCAGCCGCUGGUCAUAUUCCUGCAUGGAUUUCCGGAUAGCUGGGCCAUAUGGCGGCACCUCCUCUCGUCGAGCUCAAUUGGAGAGAAGAGCGUGAUGCUUGCACCGGACUUACCUGGAUACGGGGGCACGGAUUCGUUGGACGUAUAUGGUCCUACAGAAAUCCUGGAGACGUUGACAGAGUUCAUAGCCACCGUGAGAGACCAAUACAACGUCUGCGAUGGCGAUGGCCGAACCAAGAGGAGAGUUAUUAUAGUAGCUCAUGACUGGGGAGCUAUACUCGCUUUCCGCCUAGCUGCAGAAGCCCCCCAGCUGGCAGAUAGGUUCAUCAUCUCCAAUGGAGUCCUGCCUGGCUUGAUGCAAGACAAUAUCUCCCUAUCGAUCGAGUCAGCGCACAAGAUGUUUAAGACUUUCCUCAGGGAACCAUGGCGCUCGCGGCAUGUGUUGUGCAAGUCUAUCAAGGCUCUAGCCCCAGUACUCCGCCAACUGAAGAAGUCCCAAUAUAUAUUCGUCUUCCAUCUACCCGUACCGUUAGUUCGCUAUGUUGGCCAUGGAGGCAAUUAUUCGUUUUUAAGGUCGAUCCACGAGCUAGCUGCAGGGAAAACCGGCGAAUUUACAGUGCGAGAUGCACAAGAAGCCAUGGCAAGCACUCUGGGGCCUAGCAUUGAAGAGCUCAAGACCAAGACGGCGGAGGGAGAGGCAUACUCUGAAUCUGUCCGCAUUCGCGCUGAACAAGGGAACUUCAAGGACACAACGUCAUACUACCGCCAUGGAGCAGUAUCAGGCCCUUGGCAUAAGUCUCUGGAAACCAUCUCUGCCUUACAUAGCAUCUGCCCUGAUGAACGCCGGAGAACAAGCUGCGGAACAGGCGUGUUCGACCCUGCCCCUGGGGCUCUAAAGGCAAACGCCACACUGCUAUGGGGCAUGCUAGACCCUGCGAUCGAUAGUCAUUUGGCCCUGGAUGGAAUAGCCGAUCGACUUAUCCAGGGAAGUCAGGUAAUCGUGCUGCCUCGAUCCGGCCAUUUCACGCCCAUGGAAGUGGAGGGCCGAGGAGCCCUUGAAGAAACAGUGCUAUGGGCCGUCGAGGGUGAGACAGGCGAUGUUGGCCAAGCUGUCUUGUCUGUGUACCCUGAAGCGAGAUUGGUCGCCCGUCAGUAA